GAUGCCCUGUUUUUCCAAACCCAAAGGGGCUGCCCUAUUCCCUUUAAAGGGGUAGGAACAUGAAGUAAGGAUGGGGGUCCAGAAGGCCCCCCUUUCUCCCUCCCAAAUACCCCCCCAGCCCCCAGGUCUUUUCCAAUAGGGCUUUCCCUGAUUGGUCCCUCCGUCUUUGGAAGGGGGGGCAGAGAAGAAGAGGCAGGAGCCCCACCAUCCCAUCCCCCACCGACUGCGGACGGAGACGAGGACUGCAGGAGGAGGAGGAGGUAUUGCUUGGCUGACCCUUGCUGCUGGUGGCCCUGAGUCCCUUUGCGUUCCCUUUGCAAGAGAUGGAGGAGAAGAAGAAGAAGAAGAGCCCCAAGGCCCACCUGGCGCAACCGGUGCCGCCCAGCGCACUGCGCAAGUUGCCCGUCCCGUCCAGCAAGAGCACCUCUUUCUCCCUGGGGAUGCCUCACCUGCCCUCUCCAAAGCAAAGGGCCAAGUUUAAGAGGACGAAUAAAGAAAAGCCCCGUGCGCCUCAACCCGGAGGGAACGCGGGGGCCGCGGUGGGGACCCCUUUGCAGCACUCUUUUCUGACGGACGUCUCGGACGUCUAUGAAAUGGAGGGGGGCCUCUUGAACCUCCUGAACGACUUCCAUUCGGGGAAGCUCCAGGCCUUCGGAAAGGAGUGUUCCUUUGAGCAAAUGGAGCAUGUCCGGGAGAUGCAGGAGAAACUGGCCCGGUUGCACUUCAGCCUGGAUGUUUACGUGGAGGAACUUGCGGAGGACCAGAAGAAAACGGUGGCUGACAGGAACCUGGAUCAGCUGCUGACAAACUUGGAGGAACUCAGCAACUCCAUGUAUCCUUGCGAUGGGAGCCUAGUCUGUCAUCAUUCUUCCGGCCGAUAAAGAAUAAGCGGGGUGACAGUUGCGGCGGCGACAUCUCAGACAGAAACUCCACUUGGCUGAAAACCCCGACUUGGAAGAUGCAUCCGCCGCCUAGAAAAAGGAAUCCAUCAGAUCCUCAGGAGGACAAGAGGCAAAGACAACCCUUACCGGAAGAAGAUGCUUUGUUUUUGUUGAACCAUUGGGGGAUGGAGACUGGGGGAAACAGGUAGACACAACCUCAAGGCAGGGAAACAGGAAUUUGGGGACGGGGAAGAAAAAGACCAAACAGUGACAAAACAAGAAGGAAAGAGCCAAACAAGGAGGAAAGGUGCAGAAGCAAGGUCAGAAACAAAUCCUGGAAGAGACCAUUUCUUGCAAUCCAGGACGAUGGGGGCUCAUUCACGCUAUGAUUUAAAACGGAUCGCUGAUCAGAUUAUAUGGCCGUCGUUCCAGUUCGGAACCGGUUCCGAUCCUAUGCAAGGCAAACACACUAGAAUAGCACGGCUACUCUUUGCGGGACGUUGCAAGGGAUGUUGAGAUGCAAGACUUGGACCAGAAAAGUGUAUCUAAACGAUGUGGAAAAAGUUGCUCCUAUAGAAAUUUGGGGUUUGUAGUUUGCUGAGAGGAACUUGGGCUUCUCUGCUGGGAGACUUCUAGUACAUCGGUUUUUAAUCUUCGCUCUUCUGGAUGUUUUGGACUCGGGUUUUCCAAAAGUCCCACUUUGGACAGUCGUUGAUCAGGGAGCCUGGAAAUUAAGGUCCAAAACAUCUGGAGUGCCGACGAUUGAGAAUUUGCUCCUGUGAACUAAAGACCCCUAGAAGAAGAGGGAUUGAGGAGGAGAGUCAAUUGGGAAACGCCAUUCAGGGGACUACGCUACAGUUAAUAUUUUAUAUGGUUGCAGAUAUGUCCAUCAAUAUAAUAGAAAACAAUUCUCAAUCAUAGCUUUUUGUGGGUUUUUUUGGCUAUGUGGCCAUGUUCUAGAAGAGUUGAACAUGGCCACAUAGCCCCCGAAGGCCCACAAAAAAGUAUGGAUGCCAGCCAUGGAAGCCUCCGACGUCACAAAUUCUCAAUCGAACAUCAUUUCGCAACCCCAAAAGCAAAACAACAACCAAAAGCAGAACCUACAAACAACACACUGUCACAGAUAUAAAACUGACAUAUAUUACAAUCUAGUUCUAUCGGAUCUUCUGGAUUGUCAAAUAACAGAAGAUCUGGUGGGUUCAAAGCAUGAGAAUGGAGCCCUAAACAACAUGGACAACGGUGAGGGAUCCUGAUGGCCAAAAUGUCCGAAAGGACUAAUAGUUGGAAAACGCCACACCCUGACCAUUGUCCAUUAUCGAAACUACAAAUCCCAAGAUUUCACAGGAUGGAGCCCAGGCAGUUGAAGUGAAAUCAAACUAUUGCAGUAUAGAGAUAUAUACUAUGAAGAGUGAAAGACGUUCUGGAGUUUGGUGGCCUAAAAUGGUUCCUUAGGACCAUCUGACCACCUUCUUUGCCUUUGACCAAUGCACUGACCAGCAGCCUCCAACACUGAUUUAAUAUUCCCUGGUCAUUCCCCAAAUGCCAAGAGGGUUUCCCCCCCUCUGCAUUUCAUUUUGCAAACACUGCAUGCAAAUGUGCAUUAUCUGGCCUGUUUAGUUUUAGUUUAGGGUCGGCCAAGCAUCCCAUAUAAUUGGGGGUAUCCCUUAUUGGAAAGCUUGCCUGCCAUAGGAUUCGCAGGGACCUCUAUGGGAUGCCCUCUGUUUGAGGAUUUAUCAAGGUAGAAAAUAGGGGGCUCUUACACAGAAACGCAGGGCUAGGUUGAAAUCAAUUCUUUCAUUUGGGAUUUAGGUAGAUUAACAAACGUUAAUGGCUGCUUCAUGACUGUUAGGAUUAUGAUAUCCUUUAGUAGCAUCGUUAUUUCAGCUAAGGUCAUUUAGGUCUUUGUAAGUAUAUUUUCAAUAUAUGUGUUUUCUUCCAAAUGCAAUAAAUAAAUAAACAAAAUCCAAACUCG